GAUUUUUCUAUUAGUCUCCUCCCUCUCUUCAUCCUCCGCUCUACCUUCCAUUCCAUGUCGUCUCCACCAAGUCUCCACCUUUGACAAACCUACGGAAUUCGCGAAACAAACAGUUGCCAAGAAACACGGCAAUGGCGCUCCACGUCCAUGGCCUCGAGAGGAGGCUCGCCGCCGUGGCAUGGGCAUGGCUCGUUGUGUCCAUGGCGAGCCUGGCGUCGGCGCGGUUCAUCGUCGAGAAGAACAGCGUCAAGGUGCUGUCUCCGCGCUCGUUGCGUGGCCGCCAUGAGGCUGCGAUCGCCAACUACGGCGUCCCGGACUACGGCGGCACGCUGACCGGCGUCGUGCUGUACCCCGACGCGAAGCUGGCCACGGGUUGCAAGCCGUUCGGCGCCACGAGGUUCAAGGCCCCGUCGGGGCGCCCCGUCGUCCUCCUUGUCGACCGCGGGGGCUGCUACUUCGCGCUCAAGACGUGGCACGCGCAGCUGGCCGGCGCGGCGGCCGUGCUCGUGGCCGACAGCGCCGACGAGCCGCUGCUGACCAUGGACAGCCCCGAGGAGGAGACCCCUGACAUGGCGUUCCUCGCCAACAUCACGGUCCCCUCGGCGCUCGUCUCCAAGAAGUUCGGUGACGCCCUCCGCCGCGCCGUGACCUCCGACGCCACUGAGGAGGUGGUGGUGCGUCUGGACUGGCGCGAGUCGAUGCCGCACCCGGACGAGCGGGUGGAGUACGAGUUCUGGACCAACAGCAACGACGAGUGCGGGCCACGGUGCGACGAGCAGGCGGAGUUCGUGCGCGCGUUCCGGGGCCACGCGCAGCUGCUGGAGAAGGGCGGGUACACGCUCUUCACGCCGCACUACAUCACCUGGUUCUGCCCCGACGCCUUCCUCCAGACCAAGCCGUGCAAGGCGCAGUGCAUCAACCACGGCCGGUACUGCGCGCCGGACCCGGAGGGGGACCUGGAGGCCGGGUACGACGGGCGCGACGUGGUGUUGGAGAACCUGCGGCAGCUGUGCGUGCACCGCGUCGCCAACGCGCACAACCGGUCGUGGGUGUGGUGGGACUACGUCGCCGACUACCACCUCAGGUGCUCCAUGAAGGACGACAAGUACACCCGCCGCUGUGCAGAGGACGUCGUCCGAUCGCUCGGUUUGCCGAUGGACAUGAUCGACAAGUGCAUGGGGGAUCCCGAGGCCGAUGCCGAAAAUGACGUGCUCAAGACGGAGCAGAUUGUUCAGGUGGGGCAUGGAACUCGAGGGGACGUGACGAUCUUGCCGACGCUGGUGAUAAACAAUGUGCAGUAUCGAGGCAAAUUGGAGAGCACUGCGGUUCUUAAAGCGAUAUGUGCUGGGUUCAAGGAGUCCACUGAGCCUCAUGUCUGCCUGACACCAAACAUGGAAACUGACGAGUGCCUAAACAAUAACGGCGGCUGCUGGCGUGACGAGAAGACUAACAUCACCGCCUGCAAGGACACUUACAGAGGGAGAUUCUGCCAAUGCCCUGUAGUCAGCGGUGUUCAGUACCAAGGAGACGGGUACACCGAUUGCAAAGCUGUCGGACCGGGCCGGUGCGCCAUGGACAACGGCGGGUGCUGGAAGGAGACGAGACAAGGAAAAACUUUCUCUGCUUGCUCGGAUUCAAACUUGAGCGGGUGCAGGUGCCCACCGGGGUUCAAGGGCGACGGCUUCCACUGCCAAGACGUUGACGAGUGCAGCGAGAAGCUGGCGUGCUCCUGCAGUCACUGCUCGUGCAGGAACACAUGGGGCGGAUUCGAUUGCAAGUGCAACGGCGGCCUUAUCUACAUCAACAGUGAAGACACCUGCAUUGCUAAGAACUUGUCGGCGUUUGGGUGGCUCGUCACCGGCCUGGUUCUGUCGUGCCUCGCAGGCGUGGGCAUCGCCGGAUACGUGUUCUACAAGUACAGGCUCAGGCGGUACAUGGAUUCGGAGAUAAUGGCAAUCAUGGCGCAGUACAUGCCUCUGGACAGCCAGCAUAACGAGAACCAGCCGCUGAGGAUGGAGGAAGCCGCGCGAGCAUAGUUGGGCAAGUGGUGAGAUUUUUACUUUCACAUUGGUUGUUGUGAUCUCCUAGGAAGAAAAUGCAGCAUAUUUCCUUGAUUAAAAGCUCUAGCAAAGCAGCCCAGGGCAGAUUUCAGCAUCCUUCUGUCAGUUUGAUAAAGUAACUUAUUUCCAUGCUUGGAGUUGAACAAGUUGAUUUCAGCAUUUCCACACGACCACCAGUUUUGAGAUUUGAAGAUGUGACCCGGUACCACAAUGUACAUGACAGCAAUUUACACAGCUCUUGCACAUUCUGCAUUUGUUUCAGAGAACGAUACACAUAUAGAUGAUAGAAACAUAGAUUAGAGGACAUGUGAUGAAUCUGUUCGGUGAUGUAUAAAAUUUGAGAUCGUGCUCCAUGCACAGUUGUAAACUGGAGACCGGACAAGCUGUACAAGUAUGCUGGUGAUGCGUAAAUUGAUUGAGUUGGAAUGCUCUUUCAUCUC